UUUCUCGACACGAGUCUGCGGGCCGAGGUAUAACAGCCAGUCGUAACGGCGUCAUACCAUCUGCGUUUUGAUUCCAUCAGUACUUUGCAGCUGAAAGCACUCUCAAUUGGUUUAAUCAUGGAUUCCUUCGGGUUUAACAUUAUGGAACAUGUCAUCGCGUGUCAACACAUUCGCGGGUAUCGAAAUGCAACCAAGGAUGCGACAACCCAGCUACGCCUUGCUGUCAAACAAUACACGCCGAAGGAAGUCCCAUCUCCGCGGGCUAUUACAAUCAUUGCGACUCACGCAAAUGGCGUUCCAAAAGAAGCAUAUGAACCAUUGUGGGAGGAGCUGAGACUCCGCCUGGGUUCCAAAUUGAGGGAUAUUUGGAUUGCGGACUGUGCCCAUCAAGGUGCCAGCGGCGUGCUGAAUGAAAACCUUCUCGGAGAUGAUCCAAAUUGGUUCGACCAUUCUAGAGACUUACUAGGCAUGGUAAAUCAUUUUCGAGAUUCCAUUCAACCCCCAAUUGUAGGAUUGGGUCACAGCAUGGGAUGUGCACAGCUCGUUCAACUCUCAACCAUACAUCCUCGACUAUUCCAAGGGUUGGUUUUUGUGGAGCCAGUCAUGUUAAAAGAUUUUCCACCAGGACCCAAUGCAGCGUUGUUCACUAGUUAUCGACCAGAUUUGUGGUCCUCGCUCGAUGAAGCACAAGAGUAUUUUCGGCAAAAUAAGUUCUACAAAACAUGGGAUAGAAGGGUAGUGGACAUCUAUUUGAGGUAUGGAUUGCGUCCGGUUCCCACUGCCCUGUACAUGCAAGAGAAACCAGGAUCAGUCACACUCACAACACCGAAGCAUCAAGAAGCAUGGUCAUAUGUCCGCUCCAACUUCGGUGAACACUCUGGAAAUGUUGAAGGCCAAUACGCUGAACGUUUAACGUCUGGCGAUCUUGACUCAGCCCAGUCUUCAUUCUUGUUUCAUCGUGCUGAACCCGGGCUCGCUCUCGAAGCUCUUCCCUUCAUUCAACCAUCAGUACUCUGGAUAUUUGCCGAGGAGAGUUACAUCAACCGAAGGGAAGACAUGGAGUUCAAAUUAUCUACCACUGGUUCUCAGAACAGAGCAAGUGGAGGCGCAAAGGCUGGCUCCGUUCGCAUGGAAAUUGUUCGCAAAGCGGGGCACCUCCUUCCCCUUGAGAAGGUGGCAGAAACUGCGAACGCCAUUGUGCCAUAUGUCAAGGAUCAGAUUCAGGAGUUUCUGCACGAUGAGGACUUUUGGGCUUACUACGAUGCGGGCAGGUCUGAACCGGGCAGGCUCGCUUUGUCUCAACGCUGGAUGGAAGAAGUUCGAAAGAAGGCGAAUGAGAAAAGACCUAACUUGAAGAUGACUAAACUAUGAUUUCUGGCAAAUAAAAACCCGAUAUUCUC